UUACUUAUACCGUUAUACGCGUACCUGCACUAUCCAGACUCCAGUUUCAAAUAUAUUAGAUGAUGUUCACUUGCAUAGCCAUAGUAUUGUGAUCGACGUGGCUACUCGGCAAAAGCCAUCCUUGCGUGGACGUUGUAGUAAUCCACUGAUAUUUUCCUAUAUAUUAACGCGAAGUACGCCUUGCUUGUAGCUACCAAUCAACCGUUUGUCGUGAUUCGAAUACAAAAAACACGAGGGCGACUAAAGAAAAACCAGAUCGAAAAGAAUCCAACUCGACGGUUCCACAGUUUUGAUGCCACUGAAAAAUACAAAAAAAUGUUAUCUGGCUAUGUGUUUCUGCAACGAAAACUUAGAUCAACCUUUUAAAAAUUGCACUAAAGCAACUUUAAGGUUAAAACUUUUAAUCUGUUUUGUCAAGUGCAAAUAAAAUAUGCAUAAAAAACAAAUGCAUAAAUCAAGCUAAAAAACACAAUUAACUUAUCUUGCCUCUUGGUAAAUUAUAUUCCGACAAUCCUUGCAGACGUUUUGGCCAAAGAAACAAAAGUUUUUGACACCAUAUGCGACUAAAAGGCCACAUCAAGACGACGGCUACAUGUUUUGCUGCGACUCAAUUCAAAAAAAGAAUGCAGCUCACGAAUGAUCAGCCUCUCAUUGAAGAUGUGCGCGCGCAUCGAUAGCUACUUCCGGACUAUUAAAGUGGGACAAAUCUGUUUCGAACAUCAGCGAAAGAACAAACCCCGGCGUCAAUUAGUGAAAUUUCAUUAGGUAUAUGAUUUCCAAUUCCACUGGCUAAACCUAACACUGAAUACCCAUAACUUACAGAAUGUAGACUUCGGGCAAUUUUAGUUGAGAAAUUUGAGGUUAAUUUGAAAUUUAAACCAUUUACUUUACAUUUGUGUAAUGAUAUAUUUAGAUUUCACACGACGCAGUUUCAUCAUGGAAGAUAAUUCCAUACGUUUAACUGAUGAACAGACAGUAGAGGCUACAUUAAACCUCUUUUUGUUUAGGAUGACAUCAAAUUAUGAGUUUCAUAAAGACGGGCUUAUAUCAGCAGAAAAUAUAUUAAGUUCCGCAGUAAAUGAUCACCAGAGUUUGAGCGCGAACUCUUUGGGACGGAUUAUUCGAGACGUCUGGGGGGAAAAGGUGAAGAAAAUCCGCCCUGUUUAUGGGGGCACAGCAUCAUAUAAACACUUAGGAGAGCGUGCAGUCAACGGAUUGCAUAAGAAUGAUUCACCUAUCAGAAAUUUCUCCGACCAAAAUUUGGAAAACAUCCGCCUUAUUUGUUCAUACCACGGUUGGAACAUGGAUUUGUCCUUCAUCGCUGAACAAUCAAUUGCAAUAGCGCCGAAUAGAAAUCCUCAAUGGUGUAAGACACUUUCUGUUGAAGGACACCGCCUUACUUCCCAAAUCAACAUCAAACUGGUUCCAAAACCUGUCCUCAACAUUAAUACAUAUGGUAAAGAGGUAUCCUUCGACGAAGUCAGAGGAAAGGCUGAUUCAGAACUUUCGUUGCGUACAAUAGACGAGGCUAUUUGUGUGCUCUCAUGCAUUUGCUAUGCCGUGUGUUGGUCAAAACAUUUCAAGCGAAGAUGAAAAACAGUUCCUAAAAUUGGAAGUAGGAGGUUCAAAACUGGUCGCAGUUACAUCUGACGACUCAAAUAACCAGCAAAACUUAAUUUCAACAUCCUGCUUGCUGAUGCGACUCAGGACAAAAUCUUGUAAGAACUGCUUAUACACAGAGAAACUUUUUCGAACCAGAUCAAGUAAACGAAAAGCUUCAUCAAUUUCAGCAGACCAUGCCCCACCACAAAAGUGCAACUUGCGAUUCUUGGAUGAAAAGGGUCUUCUAAAGAAGGUUGCUGAACAAAAUAAACAAUUGAAAAGCAGCUUGAAGAGGGAGACAAGAAUAAAAGAAGCAGAGCUGAUCGAGCUCGUUGACGAGGACAACCAGGACCUGAUGGAGAUCGUUCGAUCCACGAAAAUAAACGAUAUACCACCUAAUCUUAAAACUCUGUGGGAACAACAAAUGAAACAGCUUUCAAUGAAAUCGCCAACUGGGUAUAGAUGGGACCCGAGGAUAAUACGUUUUGUCUUGGAUAUUUACUGCAAAACUCCAAGGGCUUUGGAUGCAAUGCGCGAGUUUCUCGUUCUUCCGAGUAAUCGUCUCAUUAGGUAUUACAAAAAUGCAGUAAAUCAAGACGAAGGUUGGAACGACGAGAUGAUUUCAUGGUGCAAGAAAGAAGCAGAGCGGCAAAAUUUGAAGCCGGCGGAUUAUUGGGGUGGUCUUAUUAUGGAUGAGAUGAAAAUUCAGGAGGAUCUACAGAUGACUGUAAAAGGUGGAAAACAUCAGUUGACUGGAGUGGUAUCGUUAGGAAAUUUCUACAACAGUAUGAAAAAAAUUGAAUCACAAGACGAUUCAAAAAUAUCAUUGGCUACACACCUACUACAGUUUGUCUUUUUGAGCGACUGUGGGUUUAGAUUUCCAAUUGCCCAUUUUCCCACAGCCCAAUGCCCAUCUUCAGUUUUAUAUUUAAAGUUUUGGGAAGGCGUAUUACAGAUGAGAAGAGCAGGAUUUGUAAUAUAUUUUUCUAUAUGUGAUGGGGGUGAUCCAAACCGUCAGUUCAUCAAAAUGCACUUUCCAAAUUGUCACCCAUGUGAUCUGCAUUUUGUUGGAUAUAACAUGCUUACUGAAGAUCCAAUAAUCUUUCAAAUGGAUUGUAAGCAUAAUUUCAAGAAACUAAGGAAUAAUGUCGAGAAGAGCAGUGAACGAGGAACCUCGCGAUGUCUUGCCAAGGAUGGCAAAAAUAUAUUUUGGUCCCACUGGAAGCAAGCUUUUUCAUGGGACCAAAAUAGUAAUUCUUGCCAUUUGCAUGAAAAACUUAAAGAGGACCAUUUCAUGCUGACACCAAACUCACGAAUGCGAAACAACUUAGCUGAAGACGUACUGGAUAAUAAGAUGUUACUCUUAAUGAAGGCCUACCGAGACCACUUAGAGAAAAAUGAAGGAGAAGAAUCGAGUAAAAGACUAGACGAGACAAUAAAGUUCCUUUCACAUACUAGUGUCAUAGUGGAACUUUUCAGUGACAAGCAUGUCAUUUACCACGUGCAAGACAGAAGAAUCGUGAAAAUGCAAGAGGCCCUUCAAUAUUUUCGUAACUGGAAAUCAACUAUUUCAACAUCUAAGCAAUUUUUGUCCGAAAAAUUAUGGUUUGACCUACAAUCCAUGAUCCUUGGUUUUGUUUCUAUGGUGAAAUCAAAGCUUUCGCGUUAUCCUGGAUCCGUAGUAAAGCCUGCGAUAUAUAACCAAGACGUCGUUGAGAAUCAUUUCUGCCAGUUGCGUGGGGCAAAUGGGCAAAAUGAUAAUCCUACCUAUCAAAUGAUUCAAUGUACUCAGAAUUCCAUAAUCUUUGGUCAAACCACGUUAAGUAAAAAAUGCAACACUGGAUCCGCAAGAAAUAAUUCGUUUUCUGGCUUACCAAAGGAAAGCUUGUUUAGCAGAAAUAAAUGAACAAUUAUAAAUACAAG